AUGGAAUCAGUCGUUGAGGUUGUAUUGUCGAUCGUCACGGUCGCAGCAGCGGAUGAAGUAGCUGUGACUGUUCUUGAAGUAGUGGAAUUGGUUAAUGCAGUGGAUGGCGUAGUUGUACCUAUGGUUGUAGUUGUGCCAAUGGUCAAUGUCUCAGCAGCGGAUGAAGUAGCUGUGGCUGUUCUUGAAGUAGUGGAAUUGGUUAAUGCAGUGGAUGGCGUAGUUGUACCUAUGGUUGUAGUUGUGCCAAUGGUCAAUGUCUCAGCAGCGGAUGAAGUAGCUGUGGCUGUUCUUGAAGUAGUGGAAUUGGUUAAUGCAGUGGAUGGCGUAGUUGUACCUAUGGUUGUAGUUGUGCCAAUGGUCAAUGUCUCAGCAGCGGAUGAAGUAGCUGUGGCUGUUCUUGAAGUAGUGGAAUUGGUUAAUGCAGUGGAUGGCGUAAUUGUACCUAUGGUUGUAGUUGUGCCAAUGGUCAAUGUCUCAGCAGCGGAUGAAGUAGCUGUGGCUGUUCUUGAAGUAGUGGAAUUGGUUAAUGCAGUGGAUGGCGUAGUUGUACCUAUGGUUGUAGUUGUGCCAAUGGUCAAUGUCUCAGCAGCGGAUGAAGUAGCUGUGGCUGUUCUUGAAGUAGUGGAAUUGGUUAAUGCAGUGGAUGGCGUAGUUGUACCUAUGGUUGUAGUUGUGCCAAUGGUCAAUGUCUCAGCAGCGGAUGAAGUAGCUGUGGCUGUUCUUGAAGUAGUGGAAUUGGUUAAUGCAGUGGAUGGCGUAAUUGUACCUAUGGUUGUAGUUGUGCCGCUGGUCAAUGUCGCAGCUGCUGAUGAUGUAGGUGUUGCCGUUGUUGAAGUAGUGAUAUUGGUUACUGAAGUGGAUGGCGUAGUAGUAAUAGUGGUUGCAGUAGUAACAGUUGUUAUUCCAGGAGUGGACGAUGAAGCUGUAGUCGUGAACUUACACCUGUCAUUAGCUUUUGAGUUGCGGUUAGCUGUGACACUAAUCCGAGUCGAGUUUUUGUGGGCUGAAAAACAAUGA